UUUGAUUGGAGAACAGUCGUUCCGAUCUUGUGACAAGGAAAUAAGGGACUGAGGGAAGGGCUGAAAGUGUACGAGAAGGACGCAGAGGUUCACUGUCAUGUGAUUAAGCGAGGUAACGCUCGUGUCAGUAAAACCGUGUUCUGGUUUCCCGCAGGAUUCGUUUGAACCAUGGAUUACCGUAUGCUCGGCGUUGUUUUCUUUUCUUUUCUUGCUUGCACUAAUGCCGAGCCGGUCAGAUUCGUCGACUGUGGCUCAGUAACGGGAAAAGUUGCUCAGGUAAACAUCGUGCCCUGCCCAUCGCAGCCGUGCCAGCUUCACAAGGGACAGUCCUAUACAGUCAAUGUAACCUUCGCCAGUAGCGUUGAGAGUCAGAACUCUUCAGCUGUGGUUCACGGAGUGGUGGCUGGCGUCCCCGUCCCGUUCCCUAUUCCUCAACCGGAUGGGUGCAAGUCUGGAAUUCACUGCCCCGUCCAGCCUGGAAAAGGUUAUAAUUAUGUCAACCAGUUGCCCGUCAAGAACGAGUAUCCAGCAAUAAAACUGGUCGUGGAAUGGGAAUUAAAAGACGAUUCUAACAAAGAUUUAUUUUGCGUCAAGUUCCCCGUUCAGAUUGUGAACUGAAGGCCAAAAAAAAUGCUUACAAAGGGAUACAAUUAAGAACCGAUGCAUCUGGAUGCGUGCCUAAAUGCUCUUCUAUGGACCUUUUAGAUCUAAUAUCGGAAGAUGCAGAUUUUUAUGAUUUAUUCUGCUACUUUGUUUCUAACCGUGACGCGUUUGUCAUUUUAAUGUGUGGCACAGAAGUAGUCUAAUCCUAGUUUGUUUCUAAAAUCGUAUCAAUGAUUCACUAGAACGAGACGCUGACGAGCAAACAGUGGUCAGUGCCGGUGAUUAAAUCAAGUGUGCACUAACUGCUUUGUGGUUAGACGGGGUUCUGAUGCGUCUGAUCGCUGCCUUUAAACAAUUGGUUGAGAACUUUUAAUUACAGCUUUCAUUUUAACGUGUGUUUAAUAAAGGCUGCAUCUUAAAAAAAUAUUUUUCUUAAAAGAUCUGUAAAUGUGGUCACAUUUGUCGUGUGGCUACUAUGUAUAUUACCGUCUAAAUGAAAUAAACUACUUUUUUAUGGUGAA